AUGUUCCGAACGAUCCUUUCAAUCCUACUUAUCGCAUCUUCGGCCAAAGCCUUUGUUACAAAUGGAAAUUCAAUGAGAACGUCCGCAAUGCUAUUGCAAGAUCAAUCCAUGGCAUUUGAUGAAAAGGUGGCAAUAUUGGCAGCGAGAGAAUUUCAAUUGGAAGAAAAGGAAGACAAAGAUGUCGAACAAACUCGCAUUUGGUUAAACCCAGACGGCACUGUCACUCUAUCAGAUACCGAUGGACCCAAAUUUGUUGGAUACGAAGGACGAUGGUCCAUGGUCGAUGAAGCUUCAAAUCCCUUUCGAAUGCUCCUGUAUCGGAAAUAUGGAGGUGGAAUGAAGCAGAUACAUUCAACGGAUAUGGGUGAAUUUGAUUAUACCGUCAGACGUGAAUUCAAAGGGGAUCUGAAUAUGAUUGGAAGCACUGUCAACGUGGAAGGGGUAGUCAACUUGUUGGACGAAAAUGGUGGGUCGGGCUAUGAAGUUGGCUACUUUGCAUUGAUUGAUAAUUCAGCGGAUUUAGAGCAGUAA